AUGUUAAAACCUUCUGACAUUCUUGGUGUUAAAGAUAUGAGUGGCCAUGGUGGUGGUGAUUUAGCUUUAAUGCGAUCAUUUAUUUAUUCUAUUGGCGAAUCAUUAUUUGAUUUAAAAGAUAUAAGCAAUCGUAUAAAAUCUGGUGUUCAACAAACUUUUGAUUCUAAUAGUAGAGACAUAAAGAGCUUAUAG